GUUGGCAGGUUGGCGGGAAAAUCGAAAAUAAACUGAAUAAAGUCAUUUUUCUUACUUUCCGUAGCAUGUAAAUUGUUGAUUUUGGAAGAGGUUUUCUCACUUUCUGAAUCCCUGAGCCCGUUAAAAAUUUGGUAAUGGUCUUAGCGAAUGUUGAGCUGCAGGCAACCUGCAGUGCCCUCGGAUAUUUGGAGGACUCCAACUACAUAAAAGAACCAGAUUGCCUCGAGACCGUUAAGGACUUGAUUCGAUAUUUGAAGCGGGAGGAUGAGACGUGUGAUAUUCGCCGCCAGCUUGGAUCGGCACAGAUUGUACAAAAUGACCUCAUCCCCAUCCUCAUCAGCUAUAAAGAUGAUACGACUCUUUUUGAUACAGUCAUGAGACUUCUUGUCAACCUGACACAGCCAGCCUACAUCUGUUUCAACAACCACAUCCCCGAGCUCAAGGAUCUGCACAAUAACUAUAUGGAGGUUGUGUCUGUCCUGAUCUCCUACAAGCUAGCCUUCGCUAAUGAAGAUCUGUUUGCAAUCCUCACAAAGAAAUUGGGAGAUCUGUUACAGCUGGACUGGGAACAUCGGCAAGAAGAAGACACGAUUCUCAUCGAAAGAAUCCUCAUCCUUGUCAGAAACAUCUUACACACGCCACCUGACCCAGACGCAGAGAAGCGGACUGAUGAUGAUGCCAGUGUCCAUGACCAAGUCCUUUGGGCGCUUCAUACGAGCGGGAUGGAGGACCUCUUGCUCUAUAUCGGUAGUUCAGAUGAUGAGAGACAGUUUGCUAUGCACGUUGUGGAGGUCAUUUCAUUGAUGUUUAGGGAGCAGACCCCUGAACAGCUAGCAAGUGCUGGAGCAAAGAGGACACUGACUGAAAAGGAAAGGGAUGAAAAGGAGCUGAUGAUGGUCCGAGAAAAAGAACGCGCCCAAAAGAAGAUGAACAUGAUGAAAUACAGUACGAGACAUUCACGUUUUGGCGGAACCUACGUCCUACAAAACGUCAAAUCAAUUAGUGACAAUAACAACAUGAUAUACCACCGGUCGCUCGGCGAUGCCAAAAACCAGACGUAUGACCUCGACAAACGGCCGAAGAAGAAGUCGAAGAAUUUGGCUGCUAUAACGGACAGUGAGCUCAUACGACGGUCCACUCUCAGUAUUCGGUUGUUUUUGAAGGAUUUCUGUGUGCAGUUUUUGGAGAACUGUUAUAACCCUCUGAUGUAUGCAGUCAAGGAUAGCCUCAACCAUAAGAAGACACAAGAAAAUGAUGAAACAUACUACCUUUGGGCCAUGCGUUUCUUCAUGGAGUUCCAGCGUCACUACGAUUUCCGCGUUGACACAAUCAGCGAGACAAUGUCGGUGUCUGCAUUUCAUUACGUUCAGGUCCAGUUGACAGCGUACCACGAGAUGAUUUUGACGGAGAAAAAGGAAGGGAUCACAUGGUCGAAGAGGAUGCACAUAGCGUUGAGGGCUUAUAAAGAGUUACUGUACACACUGCUGACAAUGGGAGAGUCCAAGGAUGUCCAGUUGAAGGAAAGUGCCAAAGUUCUAAAAAGCAACAUCUUCUAUCUGAUGGAGUAUCGAGACAUCUUCCUCAUUCUGUUCAAGAAGUUCAAACAGAACAAGCAGUCGCGAUCGUUCCUGAAAGAUCUUGUUGAAGCCACGCAUAUAUUCAUGAAGAUGCUGGAGCAGUACUCAAAAGGAAACAAGCAUGUCAUGGUGCAAAAGGUCAAGAAGAAAAAACCGAAGAAGAAGGCACCCAAAACUUCUCAGUGCACUGAGGAGCCCCAGUAUACUGAGGAGGAACUUGAGAGCAUGUGGGACAGUGUCUCGAGUGAACUAUCGGGGAUCCUACAGGGGCGAGGGGAAAUGCCAGAUGAUGUCGCGCCAUUCGAUGCUGCGUCUGAGGUAGAGAUUGAACAACAGAGAGCUGAUGCCAUGUUACGUAUCCAGGACACCUUGCGAGAACAGAAACCGGGUGCAGCAUUGGCGCUGCUACGGGCGGCAAGGGAAGUCUGGCCCGAGCAGGACGUGUUUGGAUCUGAAGACAUCUCACCUGAGGAUGAAUUUGUUGCCUUGCGCGAGAUAUUCAUGACUUAUAUACCGAGAUCAAUUGACAAUCCAGUCGCAGGAGAAGAAAACAAUGAACUGGAUGAAGAGGAGGAUGAACUGGAGAUGCAUACACAGACUUCGGAGGCCGAGUUUGAUUUCGUGGACUAUGUGAGGAAGUUUGCAAAUGGUGCCGUUCUCAAGCCAUAUAUUCUCCUCCUGAGCGAAUUCAAGAAGAACUCUGUACAGAUAAACCACUACAUUAUCAAGAUACUUCAUCGGGUCGCUGUCGACUGCAAAACGCCAGGCCUCCUCUUCCAAAUCUCGUUGUUCAGAGUCUUCCAGAACUUCUACAGGGAUCCCAUAUCAAGAAUAAGUCAUUACAAGGAAAUGUCAAAAUUUGGUGCGUACAUAAUGAAGAAGUUCUUCGAGGCGUCGAAAAACAAUGAGAAGAUAUUCGUGGAAAUAUGGUUCUGGAAGAAUGUGAAGGAAUCCUUGGAAGUGGUGGAUGGCUAUGGAACGUACUCAAAGCAAUCUGGGCCUAAGAUCUGGACGGAAGAACAAGACAUGGAACUGACUGCCCUGUUCGAGGAGUACAAGGACAAGGAAGAGGCUGGCAUGGACACUAUCGAUCACAUCCUCGUUCACAUCAUGGAUCAAACAAAGAGCAGACGACAGAUCAUCCGCCAUCUCAUCCAUCUCAAUCUGAUCGGGAGCUCGGUGAUGUACAGGAAAAAUAAACCAGGGUCAUCACGUCCUCGUGGCUGGCAAGAAGAGCAGGUGGAGGAACUUCGAGAAUUAUACGACAGAUACAAAGACUGUGAAGAUCCGCUCAGUGACAUCAUCAACAACAUGUCACACAAGCGAUCGAAACCGAAAAUUGUUGAAAAGUUACAAGAGUUAGGUCUCAUUGGUGAGGACCAACAACUGUAUCGAAAGCGUCAACGUCACGCUGGGAGGCGCAAGCGAUGCGCUGGGAGUGAUUCAUCGGAUAAAUCAAGUUCUGAUAAUGAUUCGGAAUCGGAAGGACCAGAAGAAGAGGAACCAGAGAUAUCUGAGGAUAGCUCGAGUUCUUCUUCAAGUGAGGAGGAGAUGGGAGGAGGAGAGGGUGAUGCUGGUGCUGAUGCUGAUGCUGCUGAUCGACCAAACACAGGGCCAGUUGGAAAAUAUUUGAAACAGUUGGCGGAAGCGGGGCUGAGUGAUCAGGUGACAUGGAUGCAGGAAUAUCUGCGGAGGACGGCGACAGAUCGUGAAGAAGAGGAUGAUGGUGAGCCAACGCCCAUUGUUACAUUCACUGAAGAGAAUGAGGACGCGAUGGAGAACAAGGCAUUCAAGAGUAUGCUGAAAAAACUUGGUGUAAGGCCACCUGCUAAUGAACAGGAACGAUUCUGGCGAAUCCCAGGAGAACUAAAACCUGCUGAAUUGCGAGACCGCGCUGACUGGUUGAAUCCCGAUUUUAAGGGCAAAGGCCUCUUUGCGACAGAUCGCUUUAGUAAACUCAAAAGUAUGGCAAAGAAAAAGGCCAAGGAGGAACGCAGGAAGGCACGAGAGGAGAAGAGACGCUCGAGGGAGGAGAGACGGAAAGCGCGCGAGGAACGCCUGGCAGGGAAAGAGGAGCGCCAACAGAGGCGGCAGGAGAAGAUGGAGAUGAAGAUGCUGAGGAAGGAGGAGAGACUCCGGAAGGCUGCGCUGAAGAAGAAGAGGCAGGCAGAGGAGGAGGGUCCAAAGAAGUUCAAGUCUGCUGAGUUUGUCCCAUCGGACUUUGAUAGUUCUAGCAGUGAGGAAGACCGACCGAUAAUGGCGGAGUGUAUCCAGGUUGGCGAUGGCCAGCAAGCGGGGGAGGAAAAACCCAAACCAACACAUUCAGCUAGUGACACGUCUAGUUUAAGUUCACUUUCAGAAUUUGAUGACGUUGAAGACAGGCCUUCCUCUGUGACGAAAAAGAAAACCAAGAAACCUGCCACACAGAAGAAAAAGAAACCCACAUCUGAAGACGAGUCGUCAAUGCCGUCUGACUCUGCUUCAUCGGCUGCUCCCGAUCUAGAUGACGCUUUCCCCAUCACGUCCUCGGAAGAUGAAACGGAAAACAUUUCACUUGCCGACCUUCACAAGAAAGCAACUGACAAAAAGAACAAAUCACCUCUGAAAAAAACGCAAAAGUCUGCGAUGAAGAAGAAGUCACCAGUCAAGAAGGCUCGCAAGUCUCCAGUCAAGAAGUCACGUCUGAAACGAUCGUUGCCUAGCGAUUCAUCAGAGGAAGAUAGUGAUGCUGAAAGAUUGGUCAUUGACACACCUGCUGGAACCACCAGCCAACCCAAGAAGCGGACACGAUUCAUGGAGUUGGGGAGUGAUAGUGAGGAUGACAUGCCGCUACUGAAUCUAGCAUCGAAAAGUGGUCGUGAUACUGUGGAUGGUGAUGAGGAUGGUGAAGAAAGAAAUGCAGCUUCAUUCCCUGCUACACUGUUCACUCAGCCGCCAGCCUCCGAUUCAGACUCGGACAUUGAUGACCACAUCCCAUUACGACGAGUAAUCAAGCGGAAACAGAUUGAGAGUGACUCCGAUGAUUGAGAGACAUUGAUCUUACAUGUACAGGAUUAUAAACAGUCUUGAGACAUCUUAUCGAAUACUGUGAUACUGGAUUCUGCGAGUUCUGAAACAUCUGAAAAAGCAUGGCGUUAAGCCGUUAAGGACUUACUGCAUUUGGUCACUGCUGAUUGGUGAUACAUUAAAGGGACUACUGUGCAAACAGCAAAAAAGAGCUUAGCGUGUCUAAUGUUUAUGAGGACUUGGCCUUUGACUUGCAUUGUUGGUACCAUCCUGUACAAGGUCAUGCACCAAUCGACUCCUAGCAGUCAUAUGCAAUUUCAAAUGUGCUCAGAAGUUUCUUGAAUGCUCAUUAUGUCUCCAGUUACAUUCUGUUAAUCACUGCCAAAUAUAUGAUAAUAUUAUUCUUGUAACCAUUUUAGUAUG